GAUGUCGCAAACGUCAUUUCCGGUCUUAACUAACGGCUACCUGGACGCUGAUCUGAGAGCAGCCAUUUCACUUUCGAAUCAACCGUUCUCACUUAACACGAAUACGUAGAACCGACUCGAGAACAGCGGGUUGUACGCCGUUUCCCCUCCUCGCUCCUCACGUUUAGUAAAACUUGUAAACGCUUCCUGGUCGGAGCAGCGGGUCCGUCAAGGUCCAGACAUGGCGCUCAGUGUGCUACAUCCCAACCUGGGAUGCCGGUUGUUUCGUUGUACCCAGACACAAACGGCCAGGCUCGCGCACAGUCUUUUAUGGAGGGAACCCGGACUGAAACACACACUGUCCCCGCGGGAGGUUCGCUGCUGCCCGGUGACCGUGAGGCAGUGGUACACCUGCGGGGCGCUCCGCAACCUGGAUCGGCUUUCAUCGAGAAGGUUCUCCUCGAUUCCUCCACCGCCUUCUUCUUCUUCUUCAUCGGGGGAGAAGAAGAAGAAGAAGUCUGGGCCGGUGACGUGGAAAUCUUUAGCCAUAACUUUUGGUAUCGGAGGCGCUCUGCUCGGAGGGAUGAAAUAUUUAAAGAAGGAAAAGGAAGAAAAGAUCGAGAAGGAGCGGACCAAAUCCAUCGGACGGCCGGCGCUCGGCGGUCCGUUCUCGCUCGUCGAUCACAACAACAAGCCCGCCAAGAGCGAGGACUUCCUCGGCCGGUGGGUGCUCAUCUAUUUCGGGUUCACCCACUGCCCCGACAUCUGCCCGGAAGAAGUAGAGAAGAUGAUCGAAGUGGUGGAUGAAAUAGAUAAAAUAAAGUCUCUUCCGAACCUGACGCCGCUCCUCAUCACCAUCGACCCCGACAGGGACACCGUGGAGGCCAUGGCUGCAUACGUAAAAGUUCUCCCGAAGCUGAUUGGCCUGACGGGCCCGACGCCUCAGAUCGAGCAGGUUUCCAGAGCCUUCAGAGUUUAUUACAGCCAGGGGCCGAAGGACGAAGACAACGACUACAUCGUGGAUCACACUAUCAUCAUGUACCUGGUGGGGCCCGACGGAGAGUUCGCCGAGUACUUCGGACAAAACAAAAGGAGUGCGGAGAUCUCCGGCUCGAUAGCGGCGCACAUGAGGAAGUACAAGAAGGCGAAGGAAGCGGCGGGCAAUUGAAAAACAAAAAAAAGACCACUCCGGACCCGACAGGUUUCCCCACGACUGACUGAAUGUGUAUUUAUUGUGAACAAAAAGAGUCUGCAGCGACAUUUUUUUUUUAAAACAAAAUGACAUUCUCCAAAAUACAGAAAGAGAAAAAGGCUCCUGAUUUAAAAAAGAAAGCGCAUAUCAUCUCCAAUGAGAUCAAUAACUCUGGUUUCUCAUGCAAAGAAUGAGGAAACGCAGCCUUUUUGCAAAUCAGGUGAUUUUUUUUUUUGUGUGAUUAAAAAAAACCCAAAAUGCAAAACUCUGCAUAGAAAUAUUUUAUUCGUGUUCGAUCGACUUUCGAUCGGGGUCACACUGUUGACUCUGGAGCCCCCUGGUGGUCGGAGCAGAAAAGACACCGCUCACCAUCCUUAUUUUUGAAAAGUUUGCCCUUCCAAAUAAUUCAACGGUGCUGAGAUGUGAUGUUUGGAGACAUUUAAAAAGUGUCUGAAAAGACAAAAUGCAACAGAAUAAGAGCUUUUUAAGAGCCCGCUGAGUAGAAAGCUCAGAGGGGAAUACGGAUCAUUAAAUCCCUUUGUUAAGGCAGUCGAUGCCCUGAAACUAAGUAGAAGUUUGAGGCGCAGGAGGACAUGAACGUGAUAAUAAAUGUGUUUUUAAACUCGCAUGUUACUGA